GGCAACUCCGAUCGAGCGACCACGUCUACAACUAAGAGAAAGGGGCUGCUGUGCAUAAGAAGCCGGAGAUUUUAUUGAACUAGAAAAAUAAGACAAAGAUAUAUUUGCCAAUGAUAGCUUGUCUGUUUUUAUAAUGCGUUCUAUCGGUGCUCCAUUUUAGCGCCCAGUGCAUGAAAUUAUGAUUUUUAGGCUAUAGAGUUCCAGUCAGUGCAAUGCAACGGUAAUCUAUCGCAGUUAUUGUUUACAUGUUGAUAAACGUCUGUAUUCUCCCGCUUUUCUGGAGAAACCAAAGUACUCGUCGAGUUUGUACCACUAUUGUGGUAGGCACUAUUUUUUUAAAUCGUUUUUUUUAUUUCGACAGUAACAAAGUGCUGUCAAACUUUAUUACGAGUAAUUUUUCAACAAAGGACGAAAAAUGAUUUGGAGCGGGUUCACGAGGCUGUUGCUUCUAAUAUUUGUGUGCGCGCACAGAUCGUCCUCCAAACAAGAUAUGAAACCUGAGGCAUGGCUACAGCAGUAUGGUUACUUGCCCCCUGGCGAUCUGCGCACACAUACGGCCCGCUCUCCUCAGUCUGUCCCGUCUGCCAUUGCUGCCAUGCAGAGAUUCUACGGCCUGACAGUCACCGGCAGCUUGGAUGCCAAUACUCUAGAGGCAAUGAAGAGGCCCCGCUGUGGCGUCCCAGACAAGUUUGGAGCCGAACUGAAGAGCAACCUGAGAAAGAAGCGCUACGCCAUCCAGGGACUGAAAUGGGACAAAAAUGACAUCACAUUCUGCAUACAGAACUACACGCCAAAGGUUGGGGAAUACGAGACAUUUGAGGCCAUCAGAAAAGCCUUCAAAGUGUGGGAAAGCGUUACGCCUUUGCGAUUCAGAGAGAUCCCUUACAGUGACAUCAGAGACAAAGUUGAAGACUUUGCAGACAUCAUGCUCUUCUUCGCUGAUGGCUUUCAUGGUGAUGCCAGUCCGUUUGAUGGAGAAGGAGGUUUCUUAGCCCAUGCUUACUUCCCAGGGAAUGGCAUAGGAGGGGAUACGCACUUCGACGCAGCUGAGCCUUGGACUAUUGGCAACCGAGAUUUGCUGGGUAAUGAUGUGUUCCUGGUGGCUGUGCAUGAACUGGGUCAUGCUUUGGGAAUGGAGCAUUCAAGCGACCCGUCUGCCAUCAUGGCUCCCUUCUACCAGUGGAUGGACACAGACAACUUUGUGCUUCCUGAAGAUGACCGGAAAGGCAUUCAGCAGCUUUAUGGACCAGGGUCUGGAGGACAUCCUCGACCCCCCGUCACCCCUGAGACGCCCCAUCACACUCCAUACCCCACACCAUACAGGCCCGGUGGACCCUCCUAUGGUCCUAACAUCUGCGAGGGUCAUUUUGACACCAUUGGCAUUUUCAGAGGAGAAAUGUUUGUGUUUAAGGGUAAGUGGUUCUGGCGCGUUCGCAAUAAUCAAGUUAUGGAAAACUACCCAAUGCCAAUUGGACACUUCUGGAGAGGUCUGCCUACUGACAUUAAUGCUGCAUAUGAAAGAGAAGAUGGCAAAUUUGUCUUCUUUAAAGGGGACAGGCAUUGGGUGUUCACGGAGUCAAACUUAGAGUCAGGUUACCCGAAGGUUUUGGGAGAACUGGGCACUGGUGUACCAAAAGACAAACUGGACGCAGCUCUCCUCUACACGCCUACAGGCUACACCUACUUCUUCAGAGGAAACAAAUAUUAUCGUUACAAUGAAGACACGCACUCAGUGGACCCAGAUUACCCCAAACCCAUUAGUAAAUGGCAAGGCGUUCCAGACAACAUAAAGGCUGCCUUCAUGAGUCGAGAUCAAGGUUAUACCUACUUCUACAAAGCCAACAAGUACUGGAAGUUUAACAACCAGUUAUUGAAAGUGGAGCCUGGAUACCCCAAAUCAGCACUUAAGGAUUGGAUGGGCUGCCCUAAUGAAGACUCCAAUACAGGUGGUGGUGGAAGUGACCGAGACCGGGAACGUGAGAGAGAACGCGAGCGCGAAAGGGAGCGGGAGAGGGAGCGUGCACGAGAGCGUGAACGUGAACAAGACCGCACAAACGAGGUGGACAAGACUGAGGAAGAGGGCAAAAAGGAGGAGACAGAAGUGCUCAUAAUCGAGGUUGAAGAUGCACCCAGCAGCAGAGGAGGAGCAGCUGCCGUGGUGGUACCACUCAUGCUGUUGGUCUGCGUCAUUUUUACACUUGGCGCACUUCUCUUCUUCCGCAGGUACGGCACACCGAGACGCUUGCUCUACUGCCAACGCUCCCUACUGGACAAGGUUUAAACGUUUAAGAAGGGAUCACAGAAAAAAGGGAAGGGGAGGAGAGAAUUGAGAAUACAGAAGACGGGGACUUAUUAGCGAAGCAACACCAAGAAGUGAAACUCAAGGUUUCCACCCAAAAGGGAGACCUUUUUUUGUUUACUUUCGAAAUGAUGCCACUCAGAAUCUCUGCAUUUGAAUAUUUCCUAAUUAGUGGUCUUGAAUGUUUUGCUUUCACACCUGUGCCGAGCUCUUCCUGCACGCUGUACAAAGGCAUAUGGUACCCCCCCCACCCCACUCUAUCACUUCAUCUCUCCCCUCUUCUUCUCUCAGCAUCUUUCCCUUCUGGUGUAGCCAAUGACGCCAGCUCAUCGCUGUUUGUUUAACCUCUUGUAAAUGUCAUUUUAAAGUUGUGAUUGUUUCUGUAUGUCCAACUUAUUGUGAAGUCUUACCCUCUGUCAAAACAAAACAAAAGCCAGAUCAGAAGACUUUGUAUUUACUCAGGUUGCAGCUGAAGCUUAGCACAUUACCAGCAGCCUCAUGCAACCUUAAAGUGCCCUUAUUAUGCUUUUUCAAGGUCUACAACAGUAGUUGAAUAUGCUUGUGACAUCAAAAACACGUUCAUAUUCAUAUUCAUGUUUCAUAUUAACCUCAAUUAUCUAAGCGUCUUAAACAGUUUGUUCAAAGAAUAGUUUUCAGUUUCCUUAAUUCUGCUAGAAUACUCUCCUUUGAUUGGUCAAAAAUGGAUUUACUACAUCUGAAUUUCAGAGGUUUCCUCAAUCAUCAGCGAGUGUGAAUGGUGUCAAUACUACCAUAUCAAUUCAAACUAAGUCCAAGCAUGAAAAAUCAAUGGAACUAGUUGAUCAAGACACCAUCACAACUAUGAUUUGAGCUUAGAAAUUGCUAAACCUUGACAAUGUCGCCUACACAAACCAGCUACAGUGUUUAAGGGACCAAGUAGACAUUUGUGGACAUCCAAUGAAGACUAUAGGCUGGCAUUAUAACUAGUGUUUCAAAAUCAGGGUUUCUGCUGUUUCAUUAGGGCAUAUUUAGGACAUUUUUUAGACAUUUUGAGGACCAGUAUGAAUGAAAUUUCAGACUUAAACAGGAUUAAAUGGUAAGGAUUUUUUUCUAAGGGUCUGGUUGGGUCAAUGGAUUCCCCAUACUUAAAAUAAUGUGUUACUAUACAUGCAUUUUUUUCAACAAAGUUUUUUUUAUUAAUAUAGUUAAACCAUAUUGGCCUGAUUGGGUAGAUUUACAUGGACAAAGGAAAAUGUUUAAAAUUAUUUAAGACCUACAACACAAUAUUUUUGUAGAUUUAUGACUUUUUAAGGCCUAAAAUUUCGUUUUUUGAAAUUUAAGACAUCACAAAACUUUAAGACCCCACAGACUCCCUGAAAAUAACGUCAUGCACUUUCAUUUUUAAAACGACACAGAACUUUGUAGAAAAAUCAUAAUAGGGGCACUUUAAUCACACACCAAAGAAGAGAAAUUACAGUGAUGGAAAAUCUUAAACCAUGAAAACUUGAUGCAUGAUGCAAGAACCUUAAAAAGAUGGCCAAAGGGUGGUGUUUUACCAUGGUAUUCUCUUUAGUUCCAUUUAAAUCCAUGAAAAAUGCAUGAACAUAGUAAUCACUUCAUACCAUGGUAUUGCCAUCUCUAAACCUUAGUGCUGCCACUUGCACAGUAACCAAAAUGCACAAGAUAUCAUGAAAAAUGGUUUGCAUUGGCUCAUGAAUAGUCAUUUUUCACUAAAUAAACACAGGGUCCAUUCUCACCCCAUGCAGCUCCAUCUCAGGUUAAAGACCAAAGUCAUGUGCCAUUCCAAAGACAAUUGAUCCUUCUCCCACUAACAAUGCCUGCAAACAAAGCUGUGCUGUCUGUCUGUGUGUGUGUGUGUCCUCCAGUAGUAUGGCUUUAUAUUGUACUGUAUUUUAAAUAAUUACUAUUAUUGAUAAUGAUGAUGUCGUUAUCAUUAUGAUUAUUACUAUUGUUAUUGUUCUCCGUGUAAAGAAUGUGUUUUUUUAUUGAAUUGUCAUUAAAAAUGUCCUGCUGGACAGGCAAUAAUGUAUGUCUUAUGAAGUGGCCUUAAUUUAGGAGAAACUGAAUGAAUGGGUGGGUUUGUAUUUUUUGAAAUUAAAUAAAUCUUUAAAUAUGACAUUUUCACUGCUUGUGUUUACAAUUAUUGAUAACUUGUGGUGCUUUUUUUUUAAAUGGGGAUUUUGAAGUUGUAAUUAAAAACAAUAAUGAUAAUAAUAUUUAAAUGAUGAUGAUCAUCUAAAAAUAAUUGUGCUUGUUUCAAACCUUUUUUUAUGUUCAAGUCAAAAUAAACUAUUUUGUAAGUUUU